GAAGAAAAAGGAGCUGUCAUUUACAGCUCGGUAGAAAUAAAAACAGCCAGCCCUCAGCCACAAUAGAAAAAAGGCUCUAUCUCGGCUACUAUGACAGGCAAAAACUGAAGCGUAUUUUUCAGACUGAUUUUCCUCAGGUUUUCUUUCCUCGCUGACGAUCACAUACCUUGAAAAACAUGCCUGAACAAAGCAAUGAUUACAGGGUGGUGGUGUUUGGAGCAGGAGGCGUUGGCAAAAGUUCACUGGUCCUGAGGUUUGUUAAAGGCACGUUCAGAGACAGUUACAUCCCUACCAUUGAAGACACCUACAGGCAGGUGAUCAGCUGUGAUAAGAGCAUAUGCACUUUGCAGAUUACCGACACAACAGGGAGUCAUCAGUUUCCUGCCAUGCAGCGUUUGUCUAUUUCCAAAGGACAUGCUUUCAUUUUGGUCUAUUCUGUCACUAGCCGACAGUCCUUGGAGGAACUCAAACCCAUCUAUGAACAGAUAUGUCAGAUCAAAGGGGAUAUAGAUAGCAUUCCAAUCAUGCUGGUGGGGAAUAAGAAUGAUGAGGAUCACAACCGAGAGGUGCAGACUAGCGAUGGAGAAGCCAUGGCCAAAAAAUGGAAGUGUGCCUUUAUGGAGACCUCAGCCAAGAUGAACCACAAUGUGAAGGAGUUGUUCCAAGAGCUGCUGAACUUGGAGAAACGUAGGACUGUGAGUUUACAGAUUGAUGGCAAAAAAAGCAAGCAACAGAAAAGGAAAGAGAAGCUGAAAGGCAAGUGUGUUGUCAUGUGAAAACGGCAUUAUCCCAGAGCAAGCAUCUGUACUCAUUCUUCAGACUGUACCAGGUUUCGGACCUAUACACAAUGGGGAAAAAUAUGUGAGACUAUUUUAUUAAUAGCUGUUUUGAAAGAAAUGUACUAGAAUGAAACACAAACAGUUGUGUGAAGUCAAAAUACUGCAGCCCUUUCUAGAAGUUAUCCUUUUAUAAAUUAGCCAUUAGCAACAACAGAAAUAGUUCCAAAGAACCAAUAAUACCUAAUUUCAAGGUCAUAGACACUAAAACAUUCAUUAUUACGAACUCCCAGCAGCAUCACUAUUGUCAUGUAAGGACUGGGAGUCAAUCAUUUCAAGAUUUAUGUUAAUUCUAUGUGUAGAAUUAUGAAAGAUGUAUUUAUCUACAAAUAUAUAUUUGGAAGUAUAACUAUAUUUUGGAUUAAUGUAAAAUGGCUUCCCUGGAAUGCAAAUUUCUCUUCUUCCUUUAUGUUGACCUUAAUGCUAACCCAUGGUUUAUUUAACCUAUUGUUGAAUUUGGGAUUGUCAUGAUGUGCAAACACACUAACAACCAUGCUUUGUUAACCAUGAACAACCAAGAAGGAGAACUCACAUUGGGCCUGUUCAGACAACAUGCUAAGCCCUGGUUAGGCUGCUAACCAUUUUGUAGCAAAUGGUUGGUGAGCAUAUUUAAACCAUGGUUAUGUAACCACCAUGAUUAGGAAUGGUUCACACAGGACUUUAAGUCAUGGUUCAUACAACAUGCUAAACCCUGAUGUUUAACUCAAAAUGCUUCAUCACGGUGGCUUAGCAUUAGCAUGUCUUUCAAACAGGGUCAGUUUGUUGUUGGGUUGUAAACUCUGGGUUGUUUAAACCAUGUGUUAUUGUUAUAGGGUGACCAUAUGAAAAGGAGGACAAGGCUCCU